AUAUUUGAAACCACAUAUUUUGGUGAUUUAUUUAGAUUAUAUAUAAUUGUGUUGGUAAGUUUUUAUAGAUUGAGCAUAAUUCAAUUGUAAUUACUGAAAGACAAAUAUAAUUGUGAGUGGGAAUUCGGAGCUGCUAGCUCACUAAUAGGGGUUUGAUUAAUUGCUGAUAAAUAUUUUUGUAUUUUGCAGUGACAUGUUUGCUAUGUUUGUUCAUCAUGGGGGAGAAUUUGUUAAUUUAGGAGGUAUGAAAAUAUAUGCAGGGGGUGAAGCAUAUGGUGUAUUUGAUUUAGACCCUAAUAAAUUUGGAAUGUGGGAUUUGUUUGAUGAACUAAAACAUCUAGGUUAUGUUAAGUGGAGAGGGCUGUCAUACAAAGUUCCAAAAACAAAUGUUUUUCAAGAAUUAGAAGGUGACAAAUCCAUAUUGCAAAUGUUGUCACAUCUUUCUAAAAGAUGUAGAACUUUGCAUGUUUUUACUGAUUAUGGUAUUAAAGGACCGAAUGAUGAAAUCCCUAGUCCUGGUCCUAAUCUUAGUACUUGUUUGGAAGGUGGUAAAAAUUAAAUUCAUGCUGAAAUUGAACAUGAAGUUCAAGUUGAUAUACGUAGUGUUGGACUAGAACAUGAAAUUGAACGUGAAGUUGAAGUUCAUAUUGCAACUGAACAUGAAGUUGAGGUGGAUAUAGGUGAGGGUCAUAUGGAUGAUGAUUCAGAGGAUGUUGAAUAUGUUCCAACUGAAAGUGAAGAAACUAAUGAUGAAAUGAGUGACAGCGAAUUGUGUUCUGAAGAUGAUGAAUACGAAGAAGCAAGGAGGAAAAUUGCUAACAAGUCUAAUAAAGGGAUAUGUGAUUCUAUGUUUGCUUGGGCUGCUGUAGUUGAGGGGGGGAUUUUCUGACUAUGAAAAUUCUGAUGAGGAUGUGUAUUCAUCUGAAACAGAUGAUGAGGCACAUAUCGUUAGAAGAAGAAUUAAAAGGAUUGUAUAUGAUCCUAACCGUGAUCAUAAAACUUUACAAGUAGUGGUAGGAAUGAGAUUUCAGGAUGGUUUCCAAGCAAGAGAAGCAUUGAAAACUCAUGCAAUUGAGAAUGGGCAGCAAAUUCAUUUCUCAAGGACUUGCAAAGAAAUGAUGGAGGCCAACUGCACUCCACCUUGCAAGUGGAGAUGCUAUGGCAGCGUAGUGGAAGCAAAUGGUGCAUUUCUGAUUAAGACUAUGGGUGAACAACAUUCAUGCUCUAGGGUUAUGAGAAACACUCAGGUCACAUAUGAUUGGAUAGCAAAGACAUAUUUGAAUAUCUUUAGAGUUAGGCCUGAACUUAAAGUUAAAGAGUUAAAAGCUGAUCUAUUGAGCAGAUAUAAAUGUCAUGUGAGUAAUUGGAAGUUGUAUGCAGCAAAACAAAAGGCUAUUGAGGAGCUGAGAGGUUCUGUAGAGGCACAUUAUGCUAAGCUGAGGAGUUAUGUGCUUGAGUUGCUUAGGGUGGAUAUGGAAGGGAGAUUUGUAUUGGAUCUAGAUGAUGGUGCUAUCUUUAGAGGUAUAUAUACAGGUUUUAGUGCUCUCAAGAAGGGAUUCUUGAUGGGAUGUAGAAGAGUGAUUGGGCUAGAUGGUGCAUUUUUGAAAACCUAUUUAGGAGGGGUGUUAUUGGUUGAUGUGGGAAAAGAUGGAAACAAUCAAAUGUUUCCAAUUGCAUGGGCGGUUGUUGAAGUAGAAAAUGAGUCAUGUUGGAAGUGGUUUCUCUCAAUACUGAUUGAAGAUUUGGGAUUGUCAACUGGUCUUGGAUAUACAUUCAUCAGUGAUCAACAAAAGGACUUAUUAAUGCAGUUGCAGAGUUGGCUCCACAUGCAGAGCACAGAAAUUGUGCAAGGCAUAUUUAUUGCAAUUGGAAGAAGGAGCAUAAAGGAGCCACUUUGAAGAAUAUAUUCUGGAGAGCUGUGAGGAGCACAUACGUGGAUGAUCUCAACAUUGCAUUGAAAGAAAUGAAGAAAUAAAAUGUUGGAGCUUAUGAAGACUUUGUGAGCAGAGAUAUGACAAAGUUUUGUAAAUCGUUUAUUAAUCCUCUAGUUGUUUCUGAUAUGAUCUUGAAUAAUGUUAGUGAAACAUUUAACGGAUAUAUAUUGAAUGCUAGAAGUAAACACUUGAUUGACAUGUUAGAGGAGAUAAGAUCAUCUCUCAUGGAGAGACAAUUUAGGAACUUAAGAGAGCUUCGCAAUAAUAAUGACAAGCACUGCCCUGAUGUUAGAAAAAAGCUAGAGAAGAUGAAGUAUAGUAGUGGAUAUUGUGUUACACAUCCUGCAUUAGAAGGUAGGUUUGAAGUUGAAAAGCAUGAGGAAAGUUUUGUUGUUGAUAUUGUUUCUAGAUCUUGCACAUGUAGAUUGUGGGAUAUAACAGGAUACCAUGUGCACAUGCUUGCUCAGCGAUAUAUUUUCUCGAGGAGAAUGCAGAAAAUUAUGUGCACGAGUACUUUUUUUUGGAGAGGUAUAAACUCUUAUAUGAAUUUGGGUUGCCGCCUUUGAAUGGUGAGAAGAUGUGGCCAAGAGCAGAAGGUUGUAAUGUAAAACCACCUCAAAGAAAAAAGAUGCCAGGUUGGCCGAAGAAAAGGAGAAUAAGAGACCCAUCAGAGCCAAAUCCUUCGAAUCCCAACAAGCUUAGAAGGAAUGGGUCACGUAUGACAUGCCAAAAGUGUUCAGCAAGGUCAUAACAGCAGAGGAUGCAAAAAUACACCUGUUGACAAGCCACCUAAAACAAAGGGUGAAAGAGGAAGACCUCGCAAAACAUAAGCACCACAAUAAAUAGUUGAACCAUCAACAUCAAAUGCAAGAAGCACUUCAAAAGGCAAUGAAGCAGCACAUCAAACUUUGGUUAGAAAAUGAAAGAGGGUUGCUUCCCAAGGCUAUGGUGUGAUGCAGUGUGAAUCUGGGAAUAUAUACAUGAAGAUGCCAUCUCACAAGAGGACUACAUUUGUCAACCCUAGGAAGAAGAGCACCACUUCAAGUUCAGCAAUUGAGAAGACCACUCAAGAAAAUAGAACUUAAAUAGCAAAAUGUGUACACAUAUUUGGUCAUUUUACUUUGAUGUUUUUUGCUGCUGGAAUAUAUCUUUUGCUGCCAGAAAAUAUGCUUAGGAAGCAGAAUUGGGCGUGUUUUGUGUUUUUUGCUGCUAGAAUUGGUUGUCACAUCUCUUCAGACUCUUAGUUAUAUUGUAGACUUGGGUGUGUUUUGUGUUAAUAGUUUAUGUAUUAGCUUU